AUGUGGACAGCAGAUUGGUGGUGGGACACCCAGAAGAAAUUACCUAUCGGAUUGACCAUUGCAGCCAUCAUUCUCUCAACUGACAAGACACACUUGUCCACUUUCCGAGGUGACAAAAAGGCAUGGCCGGUAUACCUGACCAUUGGUAAUAUUGAUAAGGACAAGCGCCAUAAGCCUACAGCCCAUGCGACUGUCCUGAUUGGGUAUCUGCCUGUUGCCAAGUUAGACAACUACACAGAGAUCCUGGCACCAAUCGUCGAAGCUGGGAAAGAUGGCGUGGAUGUCGUGUGUGCAGACAGCUUCAUCCGACGUGUCUUCCCUCUCCUCGCUGCAUAUGUUGCUGAUUUCCCAGAGCAAUGUCUGGUGGCAUGCUGUAAAGAGAGCUACUGCCCGAAAUGUCUAGUGACACCUGAAAAGAGAGGGUUGUUUGUCAAGUCGUUGUUACAUGAUGAGGAACACACCAAGGUUAUACUUGAACACAAGGUGUCUGGGUGA